AUGGAUAAAAAGUCUAACGAAAGUGGCUGUGAUCUUGAAUUUGAAACUGUGCUAUAUCGUGAAGUGGGCCAAUUCGGAAAAUUUCAGCUGAUUACAAUAGCUCUGGCAUCUUUUUCCUCGCUUAUAUGUGGUUUUAUGGCAACUGAUUACAUAUUUACAAUAGGCCGUCUGCCUUAUCGCUGUGUAAUACCCGAAUGCGAUUAUCCUGAACCAGAAUUUUUACCACAGUGGAUAGCAAACGCCGUUCCAAGCACCGCAUCUGGACUAGACAGCUGUAAUCGCUACGUCAAUGUAACCGACGAGUCAACUUUAACACCGGGUACUGACGAAAUUUGUCCCGCUAUCCUGUUUAAUAGAAAUAAGACAAUUUCUUGUGAUAGUUAUGUACAUGAGAGAACUAAUACCGCUGUUUACGACUUUAAUUUAGAGUGCCAGGAAUGGCUAAGGGCCUUACCUGGAACGUUAAAUAGUGCCGGAGGAAUGGUUGCCCUCAUAUUGGCCGGUUUUGUAUCGGACCGUUUAGGGCGCAAAAUAUCAAUAGUAUUUUUUUCUUUGAAUGUUGCUUUAGUUGGAGUGAUACGAGCAUUUUCGGUCAAUUUGGCGAUGUAUGCAGCGCUACAGUUCUUACAAACGGCAAUAGGUGGCGGUGCAUUCAGUGCAGUAUACAUUUUAGCAUCCGAGAUAGUGGGUCCAGAGUUCCGAGUUAAAACGAGCGCAACAAUUUCUUCUACUUUUGCCAUGGGUCAAGUCAUAUUAGGUGUAAUUGCUUUUCUAAUUCCAGCAUGGAGAACACUGACACUAGUAUUGUAUGUGCCAGUUUUCUUAGCUGUAUCGUACUACUGGAUAGGAAAUGAAAGUUUUCGAUGGCUGCUCAGCAAAAAUAAGCAAAAGGAAGGAAGAGCCUCCUUAGAGUAUGCGGCUCGACUAAACGGAAAGCGUAUUUCAGAUGAAAGCAUGAACUUUCUGUUAACAGCAAUACCUCGUCAGAUGGAAGCCCAAAAACAUUUGAAUGAGCACAGUGUUUUGUACCGUGUUAUUAAGUCGCCUGUUCUCCUCCGUCGAUGCUGUACAACACCGUUUCUUUGGAUGACAACAACCUUCAUUUAUUACGGAUUGUCCAUUAAUUCUGUUGGAUUAUCAGGUUGGUCUUCAAUGUUGGGACGUAUCGGUUCCAUUAUAGCCCCUCUUACUCCAGCUUUGAUGGUGUAUUGGUCGGGGAUCCCAUCAAUAAUGUUUGCAGUUACUGCAAUAAUAUCUGGUUUUUUGGUACUCACGCAACCCGAAACCAUGGGGCUAAAGGUACCUGAUACGAUUGAAGACGCUGAGUAUCUUGGAAAAUAA